AUGAGCCCCGCCGUCCCGUUUUUCGCCCCCGAGGCCGUCGUCUGUCCAAAUCUUUUCACGCCCGAGUCUACCGCCGCCACGCCAGCACCGUCGCCCAGUCUCUGUUCGCCCAGCGCAAAGAUGUCGCUCGCUCAGGCCGCGCCUAGCAAAGCGUCGAGCGGCGCGGAGGACGACGCGGCGGCGCUUCUCCAACUGCACUUGCAACUCAGCCAGCAGCUCCAGCGCUCCGCAGUGACGGAGGAAGACCUGUUUCGCGCCCUGAAAAAGCUUGCGCUCAACUCUGGAAGCGGAAACGCCUCGACAAACACGCCAGCAGCUGGCCAAGGCGCGGUCUUUCUGGGCUCCGCGCGUCAGAGCGGCAACGCGGGCGCGGCAGGCGACUUCCCAGCAGCCCCUGCGCAGGACGCCUACGCUCGAGAUCUGCGCCCUGCGAACGCCCACGGUGGGGGACGGGGAGUUAAGGGUGGCGCUUCAGCAGGGCGGAGCGGCAGCGCAGCCUCGGGGCUGGGCGCGGGCUCGCUGGCGAACGCAGCGUCUCACACGUUUUCUUCGCUGAGCUUCCAUGCGGCCAGUGUCGCCGAAGGCGUGGCAUCGCCUCGCGCCGGCGCAGGGAGCUGGCGCUGCCGGUGCUGCUCUACAGUGAAUGUAGGCGCCCUCCCGAGCCGAUGCGUUUGCUGCGGGAGAACGCAGGGCUCGAAGCGAGGCGGAAGUGGCGCCAAGGGCGUCAGCGCGGCUCCGCACCUAUUGGGGAGCCACGCGUCUGCUCAGGGCGCGAUGCAGCCGAACCUCCCACUCCAGCAGCUCUUCGCGGCUGUGACGGCAGCCGCCGCUGCUGCGGAAAAGAGGGCGGAAGACAAGAAGGAAGCGAAGAGGGCAGCGGCAGCCGUUUCGGCUGUCGCGACAGCUAUGACUGAGCCCCACCGGCAGCAGGACGCGCUUCUAUCGCAGAGCCAACUCGCCGAUCCGCUGUACUUUGCUCGCAGCGAGCGGAUAGGGGGCCACGCUGGCCGCGGCGGCCUCGCGCCAGAGACUGUCUACGACGACUCUGCUGCCGCAGCUGCUGUCGCCGCAUCGCUUCUGCCUGGGCUGCUAGGCAGCUUGGAGGCGGCGGCGGGUGGCGGCACUGCCAGUGGGAACCCGCCGGCGAGUGGCGCCUCGCCGUCUACCUGUCUGACGCAGAAUGAAGGCGCGGCGGGCGGUCGCUCCCAUCAUGCGUUGUCUGGCGCCGCAGCCGGCGCCCCUCUUUUUUCGUCUUCCACGUCGUCGGCGUGCUUUGAAAAUGACAGCGCAGCAGCAAGCGCGUGUAUCGGCCGCGCGUCUGCCGCCGGCCUCAUCUCCGACCUCGGCAGCUUGGGAACGGGACUUGGGUCGCUGAAGGGCAGCCGCAACCGGCUAGCCACCUACGACGCCUCCAGCGCGCCGGGCGGAAAUCUCGUGGGCGAGGCAGGCGCGCCGGGUUUGCGACAAGGCGCCAGGAGUGUGGGGGAGGGGGGCGGCAGCUCGCCGGGGACGGCGUCACUCCUUCAGGACGCCAGCACCGCUUACGGAGUGGACAUGACCGUGUUCCAGGAGCUGGCGAGUGCGCCACAGUCCACCUUUUUCACUGAUGACGUGACGCCUGUCGACAGUCUGUCGCUUCUGAGCGACUGCCGGAGCCCGUCCGGUGCCACACCUUCGUCCAUGGUGAGCGGACGAAGCAGUUUCUGCAAUGCAGGCGCGGCAGCCGGAGGCGGCGGACGCGAGAGCAACGGCAACACGAGUAGCACCGGCGGAAGCACGAAUGGAAGCACUCCGCUGACGGGCGGGAUUGCGGUCGGGGGCAGCCGCGGCAGCGCGUCGGGAGGGGCGGCGGGCGCCUCUGGGGUCUCGGGCUCGAAAAAAUCGGGCAGCGGCACCCUCGCAGCUGACGCGACCAAGCCCAGCAGGGGCGACGGCCAGGUCAGGCCUCCGACUGCGAAGCCGAGCGACGUGGGCGGACUGUCAGGGUUUUCGCAUCCUCUGCCCUUCGGCAGUCUCUCGCAGGCUUCCACGAUGUCGUUCAGUGCCACGACUCCGAGCACGCAGGGGUCCCUUCCACAGCAGCUGCAGACCCCACAGAACCAGGCAAGCCCGCUGCUUCUGUUGAGAGGCGACACCAGCACCAGCAGCUCCUCGACCUUCUUGCGGUCUGCGUCAUCGUCGCCUUCGGCCAUGGAGGGAGAGGAGGAGUCUCCUAUCGGGACGCUGCUCGGCGGAGUGGGUGCCGCGUCCAGUGUCCCAGCCUCGGGCCUCGAGGGGCUGCUCCCGACCGGCCUCUCUCCCCUUCAGGUUCUUCUUUUGAAAGCAAAAGGUGUCGUGGACAAACUCGUGAACGAUUUCGCCAUGUUGGGAUACGGCGACCCGAGCGCCAAAGCGACAGAGGCGCUGCGAACCUCGCUUGCCAUUCUCGGUCAGGCGCCGCUCCCCCAGAGUCUUGGAGGCCCUGAGGAGGACUUCCCAGGUGCCGGAUCUCGCGGAAACAGCGGCCGAGGCAAAACGAAGCCGAGCGACCUGCUGGGCGGCUCCGGCAAAGACAACGAUGACGAAACAGCGCGCAAGCCGAAGAACGCGAACUGGAUGCAAGGGAUUGGCGGUCCACACUUCUCGGCCCCGCCGAUGCUGGCGCACCCGGACGAAUUCAAGAACCCGAGCAGUUUUUUGAAGAUUUAUGGCGACCCGAUGUGCGCAGUCGUGGACGCCGCGACGCCCGCGCAGGGGAGCCGCUCCACGGGCGGCGGUGGGCGUCUUGCCGGAGGCAUCGCCGGGAGAGUCGAUGGACCGGUGACUGGGGGCGGCUCGACAAGCCCCAGCAGCAACCUGCCUAUUCGCGGCCACAAUGGGAACUGGGUGUGUGAGAGUUGCUCCAAUGUCAACUUUCCACGGCGCUUCAGGUGUAACAAAUGCGGAGCCGUCAGGGGACCGCAGGGCGACGCGAUCGUGGCUGAGUACGCGAAGCUCGUCUACCACCAGCACGUGAAGACCUACAAAAGCCUGGCGGCGCGGCCGGGCGUGGAUCUGCCUCUCAAACGCCUUCAGGGCAUGGGCGCCAGCGGCGCCAACAGCCGUCCCGGCUCUGGGCCAGGACUUCCCCAAGGAAUGGGCGGCACCCACCAUGGAACGCUGAAAAAAGGCACACCGGAUGAAGGUACCUUUCCGACCGGCGCCGCUGGCGGCUCCAGCGUGUCGUCUUCGACGCGCCACCUAGGCUCGCCAUCCGCUUCAGCAGACCUCACAGGAGGGCUCAACCUCGCAGGCGUACAAGGAAGAGGCCUGGGCAGCAGCCAGGCCACGAUGCAGGCGGGAGACUCGCGGAAGCCUCCUCCAGUCCCCCAGCCUCCUAGCGUCGCUCCACACUGCGGCGCGGGCCUCCCCCAAGGGGGCGACUCAUCCUGGCCAAUGAAUUUUGCAGGUAGCUUUGGCGCCGCGCGCUGUGGCUCGUCUUGCCCGGUGCCGCCUCCGCCGGCGACGCAGCCCCGCCCGAUGACCCCAGCUGCCCGCGCGCCUGCGCAGGCAGAGGCAGCAGCCGCGACGCGGGUUCUCUUGGCUGGAAGGGCAGUUGGCCUGAGCCCAGGCAGUCUCUCCGAGGAGAAAAAGGGCUUGAAGAAGUUCCCCCCAUCUGAGGGAGCUCUUCAGCAGACCCCGCAUGAAGCUGGUACCGUCGAGAAAGAGAAGUCUCUGAAGCUCGAGAGAUCAAAGGAGACGAGGGCUGAGGAAGAUGCGUCCAAACCUCUCUCCGGUGCGAUCUCGGGAAGCAAGAACGAAGGAAGCCUGUCCGGGUUGACGACCUGCAGUCCCGUCUCCUCUGUGCCGUCGCCCCGAGCUGCUGACAGCGCCAGUUCAUCUAUCAGCUCGGGCGGUGACAAUGAGAACAAGUCAUGA